GUCAAGCAGACUUCGUUGGCUGCAGAAGCUGCUCGGUCUCCCGUCAUUGAGGGCAACCAGACUUCUACUGCUCUCGUACAUUGUAAUCACUCGGGCCUGAGCUUAGGCCCGAGCCUUACGCCGAAUCAAGCACCGAACAGGCAACAGCAGACACGGGGACUGGACAAUUCGAAUCAGAACAUACCUCCACUACAGCCACGGCAGUCACCUUCAGCCACUAGCCUGGCUUCCAUACCUCAGGAUGAGGAUUUUAGAAUCACCACCAGUCUGCGCAACUCGAUUGUCUGUGCCAUUGGGGGCUCAUCGACGUCACUAGGCGUCUCAACAGGUCCAAUGCCCGAGAUGACAACCAUAAGUGGUGCUCGCGGCAACGAGUGUGGCUCCGGCUCUUUGGUUUCGAGCAGGCGUCGCUUCAACUCUAACAUCCUCUUGAGUGAGGCAGAAGUGGAGGCGGUCGAGGUUAGUGCCUAA